AUGCAUGCUGUUGGUCGCCAGCUGGCAGUGCAGAAGGUAUUGGAUGCGCGCUUCCAUCCGAGGGGCCAGCCUCAGCUUGUCAUUGGCUGCAACGAGGCCCCGAACGAGUUGCUCCUCUUCGACCUCUCCUCCGGCUCCCACCGCCCCCUGCAAGGCCACGCCUGUCAGAUCCAGGCGGUGGAGUACGCCAUGGAUGGUGACGUCAUCCUCUCCUGUGGGGGCUCAUUGCUGCUGCACUCGUGUGGGCCGGGAGUUGCUGCCACCGCCACCGCCACUGCCAGUGGGAACCCGUCAAUUGCGUGUCAUCGCAACAAGAUCCGUGCUCUUGCCGUUAACCAGAAGAUGUCAUACCUAGCAGCCACCAGUGGUGCCAGUGGGGACCCGCAGGUCAUCCUGUGGGACGUGCGUGUAGCCAAGCCCCUCGCCCACCUCUCCCCCUCCUUCACUCUGCCGCCCAGCUGGGCAGUGGGAACAGCUGGCCAGAGUGCUCCGGUGCGAGUGUGCAUGGCAAUGGAUGUGCUGUGCUCAGGGCAGCACGGCAACCUCCCCCGGUGCGAGUGCGCAUGGCGAUGGAUGCGCUGCGCUUCGCUCGCCUUACAUUGCAUGUCUCAUCAUCCAUUCACCCCCAGCAGGGCAGCAACGCAGAGUGCCCGUGUGCGAGUGCCCAUGGCAAUGGAUGCGCUGUGCUGUGCGGACGAGCGCUGGCUCAUUGAGUCCACUUGGCACCAAGUAAAGGGCGGCGGGGAUGGCGGCGUGGCUCUCUUUGAUUCAUGCACGCACAAGGCCAUCACUCGCUUCUCACUGGGAGGCAGUUUUGAGGUGAGAGGGAUCAGAGGGGCGAGGGGAAGGCAGGUGACGUCAGCAGCGUUAAGCCCCUUUGUGGAUUGUGGGGACGAAGGGGUCAAUGAUGCCAGGUGGCUCUCUGCUUUGCCUGGCUUCGUGACUGCCACUGGCAAUGGCAGGUGGGAUUGCUCUGCCACGCUGAGAGGGUCCAUUUCCCCCUUCCCCUUCCCCUUCCCCUUCCCCUUCCCCUUCUCCAUCCCCUUCCCCUUCCCCUUCCCCACUCCCCUCCCCCUCCCCAUUCCCCUUCCCCUGCCCCACCCAUCGCUGCCAUACUCUACCAAGCUUGUGGCUGUGUGGGACGUCUCUUUGGCUGAUCCCCUCACUGCCUUCUCCUUCGCACACACUCGAUCUAUCAACACUAUAAAGCAGUCUACAUGCCUGGCUGACAAGGCUGUUGCUUUGGCGUCCCCCUCCCUGCAUGGCAGGUGGCGGGGCCACCCUGUGACGCCUGCAUUGCCUUUUGAGGCGUCUCAAAAGCCUUUUCUUUGCUCUUCCUCCCCCUCCCUCCAUGACCAGGUGGCAGUGGCACCCGAUGAUGCCUGCAUUGCCAUCGGAGGGGAUGAUCAGAAAGUGGUGAGCGCAUUUCUCUCCCCUCUCCUCCAUUCCUAG